AUCCAUAUUAUAUAGGAAUACAUUACUCCCGUUCGUACGUGUAAUUUUAACUCAACAAAUAAUAACUCUUAUCAAUAUUCAAUUAACAAAAAAUAACUAAACAUUGUGCAAAAGAUGAUUAUAUAAUGGUUAAUUAUUAAAUGAAAGAAAAUUCUACAUCUUCAUAGAUUCAGUUUUGCAAAUGUUUUUUGAGUACUUCUUCAUCGAUAAUAUAGUUCAUAUUAUAGAGUACUUAUAACAUGGAUGAAACUUCAGAGAACAUUGAUCAUGUAUUUCAGUCUCUUGAAGUUACUGUACCAAAUGUGAUAAAAAAUCAUGAAACAAACGGUAUUUCUGAAAUAGAGAAAAUUAAAAAUAAUAAAAAGCAUAAGAAAUCAAAAAAACACAAAAAACACAAAAAAUCUAAAAAAAAAAAAAAGCAUUCACGCUCAAAAUCACCUAAAGAUCAUGUGAAGUUAAAAUUAAAAAAUGAUGAACUUAAAGAAGUAAAAUCUCAUAUACAAGUAACAUUAAAUGAUGUUUUAGAAACAAUUAUUACAACACCCAAUGAGGAAAACACAGAAUUAAAAAACAAUACUAUUGUUGAAGAAUUUUCUAAUGGACAAAAAUCAUUAAUUGGAGAAGAUAAAAUUAGCACAACAAAUUUAAUCUCAAAAAAUAUUAAUAAUAGCAGUAAAAUUAUUAUUAAAGAUUUAAAAAAAAGUAAAGUAUAUCAUGAGUUGAUAAAUGAAGUUGAAGAGAAAAAAAGCUCAAAAACAAAACUUAAUGAAGUAAAUACUUUAUCAGAAAGUUAUGAUGAUUAUAAAUUCAAAAAAGAAAAACAUAAAUCACAUAAAUCUAGAAGGAAAAAGAGAUCACGAAGUAAUGACAGAUCUAGAAGUCCAAAACAUCGUAAAAGACAAAACUCUUCUUCUAAAAAAGAUGAAAGAACACUUUCAAAGCAAAGUAAUCAUAAACACCAUCAAUCAAGGUCACCAUCUCGAAGCAGAAAUACUUCCAACUCAAUGUAUCGAAAAAGAAAAAGUCGUAGUAGAUCGUUACAUAAAUAUGAAUCAUAUAAAUCAAAUAAACGAUCAAAAACACCUGACAAAACUCAUUCAAGAGAUCAUAGACGACGCAGUAGAUCUAGAGAAUGUGAAAGACCACAAAAAAGAUCUCGAUCCAAUGAAACUUCAAAUAAAUUGUCAAAGUAUCAUUCUCCAUCAUGUGAAAAAAUAGACAAGAAAAAAUUAUUGAAAAUUGCUCGAAAAAACGCUUUAUCAUUAGUUCAACAAGGUGUACUACCUGUAGGCAGUGUUAAAAAAGAGUCAUUAGCCAAUUUACCUACCAAAUCUGUUGAUGAAUUAACAGAUUUUUGUAGGAAAUUAUCAAAAAAAGAAAAAGAAAAUGGAGAUGACUCCCUAUCUUCUACAUCUGACGAAGAGUCCAAACAACCUUUUCAUCAUCCAUUUUUGGUUAAAGACAGACCUAACAUAGUUAUGAAUAUCAGAAACGCAACACAAUUACCCACAAAAUCUUUUCAAGAAAAAACUGUCGAACAAGAUGUUCUAAGAUUACAAUUUCCUGUAUCAAGUGGCCAAACACAUAGCUUAGCUGUUAAUGAAUGGGUACCAUUAUGUCCUGAAGAAUCAGCCAAGUUAAACAAAAUUUCUUUACCAGGAGAAACUUUAAAAUCAAAUAAACCUCAAAAUGCAUCUACACUACCCAAAAUUGCAAUGGUUGAACCAUUCAAUAAAGAUGCCAGUCCAAAAGAGGAACUAGUGUCAAUAUCAUAUCAAUAUCCAAAAGUCAUUGAACCUCAACCAGUUCCUCCUACCAACUUAGUUCCUACAAACCCUUACGCUAAUAUUGGGUAUUCAUUACUAUCUUAUGAAACGGGGCAGUUUACUGGGCACACUGGUGCAAAAAUUUUAACUCCAGCUGAAUUAGCUACUGGGUAUCAACCAUGGGUAAAAAAGGAUCAGCUCAGAAAUACAGCUCCAGUUAAUAGUGGUAUGGGAAUGCAUUUGUUGCAAAAAAUGGGUUGGAAACCCGGAGAAGGUUUAGGAAAAAAUCAGUCUGGGUCAUUGGAACCGCUUUUAUUGGAUGUUAAAAUAGAUAAAAAAGGGCUUGUUUCUGCUGAGGAAGAAAAUCAAUCAAUUUUUAUUAAUAGGUCAAACAAAAGAUUUCCAAAAAAAGCUGCUAUUCCAACUUUAUCACUUGAAGGGAAACAUCCAGUGUCAUUAUUAAAUGAAUUUUGUGCCAAACGUAAGUGGGAAGUACCUAAGUUUGAUACAUUAGAUGAAUCUGGGCCUAGUCAUAGAAAAACAUUUAUAAUUGCUGUUAUUGUAAAUGGUGUCAAAUAUUGUUCUUCAAGAUGUCAAACAAAAAAACUAGCAAAAAUGGAUGCUGCUAAAAUAUGUUUAAAAGAAAUUGGUUUGUUAACUUAAUUUGUAUAUAUGAAAAUACAUUACAAAAACAGUAAAAUA